CAAGUAGUAUUACAUUAGUACUAUUAGACUGCAGGGGUCAGUUAAAAAUACUUCCUCCUAACCAUUCGAAGAUAACCUGUAAUAAUGACGCGCAAGCGUAGAAAUGCAGGACGUGCUAAAAAUGGCCGUGGGCACGUGAAUCCAGUCCGUUGUACGAAUUGUGCUCGAUGCGUUCCCAAGGAUAAAGCAAUUAAGAAAUUUGUGAUUCGAAAUAUCGUUGAAGCUGCUGCAGUCCGUGAUAUAACAGAUGCAAGUGUAUAUUCUCCAUAUCAGCUACCAAAACUUUAUGCUAAGUUACAUUAUUGUGUAUCUUGUGCAAUUCACUCCAAAGUAGUACGCAAUAGAUCGAAGGCCGAUAGACGCAUCAGGACACCUCCAGUGCGCAACUUUCCUAGGGAUAUGCGUCAAGGCCAACAGAACAGGAAAUAAUGUCAGUCCAUGUAAUAUUCACCAAUAAACAGAAUUAAAAA